AUGGAUCCCUUCAGCAUUACUGUUGGCGCUCUUGGCAUCACCGAUUUUGCCGCAUCCAGCAUCGUUCAGCUUCGGAACACGAUCAAUGGCAUUACCGAGGCCAAAGAAGUGGUACAAGAUAUUGUUUCGACUUUAGAGGGCAUAGAGCGUCCGCUGGCUGCGCUAGAAGAGCUCAACAUCUUAGAUGAAGCGACGUCAAUGGCGGCAAAAGAGGACCUAAAGAAAGCUGGUGUUGCAGAAGCCGUCCAACAAUGUGGUAGUGCUUGUGCUGAGUUUAACAGGAAUCUUCAGAAAUGGACAAAACAUUCUAGCACUAAGAAGCUAUCUAUCAGGGAUCGUCUUUCUGUUGGUGUAUGGAACAAAGAAAAGAUCCGUACGUUCAGAACACGAGUUCAAUCCUGCGAGGCCACCGUCCGAUUUGCUGUUGCAAGCACUCAAUUAAUGCUCCAGUUACGGUCUGAGGUCGUUUCCAGGGCUGAUCGCGAGAGCUUGAAGGAGCAGUUACGAACCCUAGAGACAAGCAUCCAGGAUCAUCUCGAUCUCAUCAAGAAACAGCAAGCAGAAGCCAGGGCGCGCAAGCAAGAGCUUGAAGAGGAGUCAGAAGAAGAAGACGAGGAAUUUGAUGAUGCUGAGCGGACGCUGGCCAUCAAGUCGGUCGAAGAGCGAGCAAGCGUGUUAGAGGCCGACCAGGUUUCUUGCGGAGUGGUGUUUUUACAAGCACGCUCUAGACGGAGUGGCCAAGAGAUUGGCAGAGUCGAAACCACGGAUAACUCUGAAGCUUUUGUGGGAAUGCCAGAGAGCGCUAUCGGAAAGAUUAAACAGCAGCUGAUUGGAGUGGAGGCUCUCCUAGCUACCCGCCAACACUCACAUACCAACGAUUCUCAAGCGAAGAUGCCGUCUCAUUUGAGGAAUAGACUUGACUACGCUUUCGUGCGUAGCAAGCGCACUGGGAAAGUCGACAUCCGCCGAGCGAAGGACCCCUCUGAGCGAACAAUAUCGACUUUGCCACUGCAAGAAAGGGUCUUGCAUUACACUGGCAAAAAACGUACAGAUGUUUGCCGUUGCAGUCACUCCGAGCGGCAUUUUGAGAGGACCUCCCGUGUAGCCUCAGAAUCUAGGCAUCUUAACGCAGGUCUAAUGCUGUACCUGGAUCGACAUGGUCUCGAUUCAUGCGAGAUUGCUGACUUUUGGGAGUACUGCAGGCGGCGAGAAGCUAAGUGGAAGAUGGAAGGCGUCUACGUUGACGACUUUCACUAUGUGAGUCGGAACAAGAGCGUUGUUUGCCGCUGCUCACGACCUAGGAACCAUGGGUAUCUCACACCUCGAAAUCCCGAGAUCGUCGAGCACUGUGCAGAGUUCUUUUGCGUAUACAAGGGUGAGCUUAUGGUUACAAAGAAGCAGUGGAAGAGCGCCGAUGGCGAUUCGCCUCCAGCGUACUCUUCUGGUGCAAGCGUUCAGCCUGACUACACACCUAGUUUGUUGCGGAGAUCAUUCCGCGAUACUAAAGAGACGACUCAGCCACUUGUCUUACCAGAGAUGAAGAUGCGCAGCGCAACUGAACGUGUCGCUUCAGUCAUUCCGCGGCGUCAUCAUGUCGCUUCUAUACAGGAACGUCAACCGGAGAUGCCUCCGCAAGUGUGGCAGAAAGCUCGUCCAUCACUUUGGAAGUCUCCAUUCAGUACUUCGUCACCUUUCAGCACGCCCAUGGGUUCUGUUCCCCCUUCGCGGCCGAGUAGUCCACCAUUGGUAUCAGGUAUGAUCCAGCGCGCCCCAAUUUCUACCCCCUGGUCCCAGGAUCAACGCGAGGCCCGUGUCAGUGAAGAGAAGCUCCCUUCCAAAGUAUCCCAGGAACAAAAUCGUACAGUACAAGUCGUGUAUCAAAAAUACCCUACGGCUGGUCUGUCUUGUGCGAUGGGGGACCUGUUGUCCGUUCUUGGCGCUGCGGUUGGCGUGACGUCUCUGAUUAUCCAACUUGCGGACGAAUGUGUCAAAGCUCUCAACGUCUUUAAACAUGUAUAA